AUUCACGCUCGGGAGUGGAUUUCCCCGGCCUCGGUGACGUACGUCAUCAAAGAGUUGGUGGAAAAUCGCACCGUAAACGCGUUCGCGCCAAAACUCGACUAUUACAUAAUACCAGUGACCAAUCCUGACGGCUACGAGUAUUCGCACACGAAAAGUCGGCUGUGGCGCAAGAAUCGACGGGACCCGACGAAAGCGUGUCCAGGCGUAGAUUUGAACCGCAACUUUGGCUACAUGUGGGGAGGCUUGGAUGCCAGUACCGCUCUUUGCUCUGAAAUCUACAGGGGAAAAUCUGCUUUUUCCGAACCUGAAUCACAGGCCAUCAGGGACGUCGUGACCAAAAUAGGAACUAGUGCUAAGGCGUACAUAGCAUUCCACAGCUACGGGCAGCAAAUCGUCUACCCCUGGGGCUACAAAAAACUUCUGACAAACGACUCUGCCGAUCUGGACAAAAUGGGCAAGAAAAUGGCCGCUGCCAUCACCAGCGCAGGAGGACCAGCCUACACUGUCGGAAACGCCGCCGUUGUUACGUACGCGGCCUCAGGCGUUUCUAGCGAUUUCGCGAAGGGCGGCGCCAACAUAAAGUACGCAUACACGAUCGAGCUGCGAGACAAAGGUUCGAAGGGAUUUCUGCUUCCUGCAACCCAGAUUGUGCCGACGGGAAAAGAUGCGUUUGCCGCUGUCAAAACUAUGUCUCUCGAGCUCAUUGCUGGCGCUUAAAUUCAAU